CAGCAUUUCAGUAACCGAGAAUUCGUUGAGAUAAGUGCAAAUUUAGUUAUAUAUCAAAUGGUGAGUAUUGUAUUGGAACAAAAGCAGCCUGUGAAAUACCUAGAGCAUACAGCGACAUUGGUUGUCAACAUAUCUUAAAUUAACAAUAAGAAGAAAAAAAACGAAAGCAAUACAAUAUGGCUGAUGCCGCCGCAAGACAAUUGCAGUAUGAGUACAAGGCUAAUUCGAAUUUGGUUUUGCAAGCUGAUGUGCGGCUUAUUGAGCGGCCCCGAAGAGAUGAAGCGACUGGUGAAGUAAUGUCUUUGGUGGGCAAACUAGAAGGUACACGCAUGGGUGAUCGUUAUCAACGCUCGAAACCAGAAAAGACCGAAGAGCGCAAAGCCAAGCGUCAAAAACGAGACGAAGCACAAUACGAUUUUGAAAGAAUGAAAGGUGCCACGUUAUUAUCUGAAGGAAUUGACGAAAUGGUUGGUAUUGUUUACCGUCCGAAAACUCAAGAGACUCGUCAAACGUACGAAGUACUUUUGAGUUUCAUACAAGAGGCUUUAGGGGAUCAGCCACGCGAUAUAUUAUGUGGUGCAGCAGAUGAAAUUUUAGCAGUAUUGAAAAAUGAUAAGCUGAAAGACAGAGAACGAAAGAAGGAAAUUGACAGUUUAUUGAGUUCGGUAACAGAGGAAAGAUUCGCUUUGUUAGUAAAUUUGGGAAAGAAAAUCACUGAUUUUGGUUCAGAUGCUGUUAACGCUUUAACGCUAAACAACAAUGAAGAACAAAUUGACGAAACAUAUGGCAUUAACGUGCAGUUUGAGGAAUCAGAGGAGGAAAGUGAUAAUGACAUGUACGGUGAAAUACGUGAUGAGGAUGGUCAAGACGAGGGUGAAGAGGCGCGCAUUGACCAUACUUUGCAUGCUGAAAACCUUAUAACUGAGGAAUCGGCAAAUGUUAAAAAGGAACGUUCUCUACAUCCUUUGGAUAUCGACGCGUAUUGGUUGCAGCGUUGUUUAAGUAAAUACUAUAAGGAUGCAAUAGUUUCUCAAAGCAAAGCUGCCGAUGUUUUACGUAUUUUAAAAGAUGCUGCUGAUGAAAGGGAAUGUGAAAACCAAUUGGUCCUAUUGCUGAGUUAUGACUGCUUUGAUUUUAUAAAGCAGUUGAAACUUAAUAGGCAAAUGAUCCUUUAUUGUACUAUGUUAGCCUCUGCACAGAGCGAGAGUGAGAGCCAGCAUAUACGUAAACAAAUGCGUAACGACUCUCAUUUGGCUAAAAUCUUGCGUCAAUUAGAAACUUGUAAGACGGAGGAUGAAGAAGGUUAUGGAAAUACUUCCCGUUCACACAAAACUGAUAAAUCGAACAAUGAUGAAGGUAGUCAAACUAAGGGCGGUCAAGUCAAAGGAGUACGGCAAGUUCUGGAACUGGAUGAAUUAUCAUUUUCACAAGGCUCUCAUUUUAUGGCAAACAAGAGAUGCCAGCUUCCAGAUGGAUCAUUUCGUAAACAGAGGAAGGGUUAUGAAGAAGUACAUGUACCCGCUUUAAAACCGAUACCCUUCGAAGACAAGGAAGAACUGCAGAAUAUAGACAAGCUACCAAAGUAUGUACAACCAGUGUUUGAGGGUUUUAAAACUUUAAAUCGCAUACAGUCACGCCUAUGGCAUGCCGCUUUAGAAUCUGAUGAAAAUGUGCUGCUUUGUGCUCCGACUGGAGCAGGUAAAACGAAUGUAGCCUUGCUUUGCAUGAUGCGUGAAAUUGGUAAACACAUCAACGAAGAUGGUACUAUUAAUGUAGAUGAUUUUAAAAUCAUUUAUGUGGCUCCAAUGAAAUCAUUGGUCCAAGAAAUGGUGGGUAAUUUUGGACGACGUUUGGGUUGCUAUAACUUGACAGUGUCUGAGUUGACUGGCGAUCAUCAACUCACACGUGAACAAAUAGCAGCUACUCAGAUUAUUGUUUGCACUCCCGAAAAGUGGGACAUCAUAACUCGUAAAGGCGGAGAGAAGACUUUUACAUCUUUAGUGCGAUUGGUGAUUAUCGACGAAAUUCAUUUAUUGCAUGAUGAGAGGGGCCCUGUUUUAGAAGCUUUGGUAGCGCGUACCAUACGCAAUAUUGAAGUUACCCAAGAAGACGUUCGUUUAGUAGGUUUGUCAGCGACUCUGCCAAACUACCAGGAUGUCGCAACUUUUCUGCGAGUUAAACCUGACAAAGGUCUAUUCUAUUUUGAUAACAGCUUCCGCCCUGUAGCUUUGGAGCAGCAGUACAUCGGAGUUACUGAAAAAAAGGCUUUGAAGCGUUUUCAGGUUAUGAAUGAAAUUGUUUACGAAAAAACCAUGGAGCAUGCUGGACGUAAUCAAGUUUUAGUUUUUGUUCACUCUCGCAAAGAAACUGGAAAAACAGCACGAGCGGUACGAGAUAUGUGUUUGGAAAAAGACACACUUGGCAGUUUUCUAAGAGAGGGCUCAGCUAGUAUGGAAGUGUUACGUACCGAGGCCGAGCAAGUGAAAAAUUCUGAAUUGAAGGAAUUAUUACCUUAUGGCUUUGCCAUACAUCAUGCCGGCAUGUCAAGGGUAGAUCGCACUUUGGUAGAGGAUCUGUUCGCCGAUCGACACAUACAAGUGCUGGUUUCAACUGCUACUCUAGCUUGGGGUGUUAAUUUACCAGCGCAUACUGUUAUUAUUAAAGGCACGCAAGUUUAUAAUCCCGAAAAAGGUCGCUGGGUUGAAUUAGGUGCUUUGGAUGUAUUGCAGAUGUUAGGACGCGCUGGACGACCGCAGUACGACACGAAGGGUGAGGGCAUACUCAUUACUAAUCACAGUGAAUUACAGUUCUACUUGUCUCUCUUAAAUCAACAACUUCCGAUUGAAUCACAGUUCGUUGCAAAAUUGCCGGAUAUGUUAAACGCUGAAAUCGUUUUGGGUACAGUUCAAAAUCUCAAAGAUGCCGUGAACUGGUUGGGUUACACAUAUCUAUACAUUCGCAUGUUGAGAAAUCCUACUCUGUACGGCAUAAGUCAUGAUGCGAUUAAGGACGAUCCAUUACUCGAACAAAGAAGAGCCGAUUUAGUGCACACAGCAGCUUUACAUUUAGAUCGGAGUGGUCUGGUUAAAUAUGAUCGUAAAAGCGGGCAAUUUCAAAUUACUGCUUUGGGUCGGAUAGCCUCGCAUUAUUAUUGUGGUCAUGAAACCAUGAUGACAUACAACCAACUUCUGAAACAGACACUAUCAGAAAUUGAGUUGUUCCGUGUUUUCUCUUUGUCGUCAGAGUUUAAACAUAUUGCCGUGCGAGAAGAAGAGAAAUUAGAGCUGCAAAAAUUAAUGGAACGCGUGCCCAUACCAAUUAAAGAGUCCAUGGAGGAGCACAGCGCAAAAGUAAACGUUUUGCUCCAAGCAUAUAUUUCACAACUUAAAUUGGAAGGGUUUGCUCUCAUGUCUGAUAUGGUUUUUAUAACUCAAUCGGCAUCACGUUUAAUGCGCGCUAUAUUCGAAAUAGUGCUGUACCGUGGAUGGGCACAAUUAGCGGAUAAAGCUUUGAUUUUAUGCAAGAUGAUCGAUCGCCGUAUGUGGCAGUCCAUGACUCCUUUGAGGCAAUUCAAGAAAAUGCCAGAUGAAAUCGCCAAAAAACUGGAGAAAAAAAAUUUUCCUUGGGAACGACUUUAUGACCUGGAACCUCAUGAGAUCGGCGAACUCAUACGCGUGCCGAAAUUGGGUAAAACCAUACAUAAAUUUGUUCACCAAUUCCCCAAAUUGGAAUUAUCCACUCACAUUCAACCUAUUACGCGUUCUACAUUGAGAGUGGAACUUACUAUAACGCCAGAUUUUCAAUGGGACGAAAAAGUUCACGGCCUAUCUGAAGGAUUUUGGAUUCUUGUAGAGGAUGUGGACUCUGAAAUUAUACUACAUCAUGAAUUUUUCCUUCUGAAAGAAAAGUACUCUCAAGAUGAGCAUCAGUUGAAAUUCUUUGUGCCCGUCUUCGAACCACUUCCUCCCCAAUAUUUUUUGCGGAUAGUUUCAGAUCGAUGGAUAGGUUCGGAAACCCAAUUGCCAGUUUCAUUUCGUCAUUUGAUACUGCCAGAAAAGAACAUGCCGCCCACUGAAUUACUUGAUUUACAGCCCUUACCCAUUUCAGCCUUACGAAAUACAAAGUUUGAAAAAUUUUAUGAAAAAUUUCCUCAAUUCAAUCCCAUUCAAACUCAAGUUUUCAACGCUGUUUAUAACAGCGACGACAACGUUUUUGUAGGAGCGCCGACUGGAUCGGGAAAGAUGACCAUUGCAGAAUUCGCCAUAAUGCGCUUGUUUUCUCAGCAACCUGAAGGACGCUGUGUUUAUCUAGUAUCUAAGGAAGAUUUGGCUGAUUUAAUUUUUGCUGAUUGGCAAACGAAAUUCGGCACAUUAAUCAACAAUUUAGGUAAACGCAGCUUGAACGUGGUUAAAUUAACUGGUGAAACCGGCACGGAUCUUAAGUUGUUGGCCAAAGGACAAUUGAUAAUAACAACAGCAGAUAAAUGGGAUGUAUUAUCAAGGCGAUGGAAACAGCGUAAAAAUGUCCAAAAUGUCCAACUGUUUAUAGUGGAUGAACUGCAAUUGGUUGGCAGUGAAGAUGGUCCCGUGUUGGAAGUGGUUUGUUCACGUAUGCGCUAUAUAUCAUCUCAGAUCGAAAAACAAAUACGUAUUGUAGCUUUGUCCUCUUCCCUUGCGGAUGCUCGUGAUGUCGCCCAAUGGCUAGGUUGCAAUGCCAACGCUACCUUCAAUUUUCAUCCCAGCGUAAGGCCGAUACCAUUAGAGUUGCAUAUACAGGGCUUCAAUAUCACACAUAAUGCUACACGUAUUGCCUCUAUGUCUAAACCAGUAUAUAAUUCCGUUCUGAAAUAUAGUCCCCAUAAGCCGGUGAUAGUGUUUGUCUCGUCACGAAAACAAGCGCGUCUUACGGCUAUUGAUAUUUUAACUUAUAGUGCUUCGGAUUUACAGCCCAACAGAUUCUUUCAUGCCGAGAAGGAAGAUAUCAAACCUUUCUUGGAUCGGAUGACGGACAAAACUCUUAAAGAGACCUUGUCACAAGGUGUAGCAUAUUUACAUGAAGGCCUAACGGCUGCUGAUCAUCGUCUAGUGGAACAUUUGUUUGAUACAGGCGCGGUGCAGGUUGUUGUCGUAGCUCGUGACCUGUGCUGGGGCAUGAGUAUUUCUGCCCACUUAGUCAUAAUAAUGGAUACACAAUUUUAUAACGGCAAAAAUCAUUCCUACGAGGAUUAUCCUAUCACUGACGUUUUACAGAUGAUCGGUCGCGCUAAUCGGCCUAAUGAAGAUGCAGAUGCUAAAUGUGUGCUGAUGUGUCAAUCAUCAAAAAAGGAUUUUUUUAAAAAAUUCCUUAACGAACCGUUACCUAUCGAAAGUCAUCUGGAUCAUCGUUUGCACGAUCAUUUCAAUGCCGAAGUUGUAACUAAAACCAUUGAAAACAAACAAGACGCUGUCGAUUAUCUUACUUGGACUUUUCUUUACCGACGCCUUACGCAAAAUCCAAAUUAUUAUAACUUGCAAGGCAUUACUCAUCGCCAUCUCUCAGAUCACUUGUCUGAAUUUGUCGAAAACACUCUUUCCGACUUGGAGCAAUCGAAAUGCAUUAGCAUAGAAGACGACAUGGAUACUUUACCUUUAAAUUUGGGAAUGAUAGCCGCUUAUUAUUACAUCAAUUAUACCACGAUCGAAUUAUUCAGUUUAUCGCUGAAUAGUAAAACUAAAAUUCGAGGACUGUUAGAAAUCAUUUCUUCGGCAGCUGAAUAUGAAGACAUAGUAAUACGUCAUCACGAAGAAAACAUAUUGCGUAAUUUAUCACAACGUUUACCCAAUAAACUUAGCGGUCCCAAUGACGCGAUGCCAAAAUUCAAUGAUCCACACAUCAAGACGAAUCUCUUAUUGCAAGCGCAUUUAUCUCGCUUACAAUUGGGUCCGGAAUUGCAAGGCGACACUGAAAUCAUAUUAGGAAAAGCGGUCCGACUUAUACAAGCUUGUGUCGAUGUUUUAAGUUCAAACGGAUGGCUAUCGCCGGCUGUGGCUGCCAUGGAAUUGGCCCAAAUGGUUACACAAGCUAUGUGGAGCAAAGAUUCGUAUCUCAAACAAUUGCCACAUUUUAAUGCGGAUAUAAUCAAGAGAUGUACAGAAAAGAAAAUUGAAACUGUUUUCGAUAUUAUGGAAUUAGAAGAUGAUGAUCGCUCACGUCUUCUACAAUUGAACGAUGAUCAAAUGGCUGAUGUGGCCAGAUUUUGCAAUCGAUACCCCAACAUAGAAAUAAACUUCAGGGUAGAAGAUAAAGACCGAAUACGUCCGGGUUCCACUGUUAACGUGGACGUACAGUUAGAACGUGAAGAUGAAGUCACGGGCCCAGUUAUAGCUCCCUUCUUCCCUCAGAAACGAGAAGAAGGCUGGUGGGUUGUCAUUGGCGAUCCAAAGGGUAAUUCCUUACUUUCUAUUAAACGUUUAACAUUACAACAAAAAGCUAAAGUCAAGCUGGAUUUCGUCGCUCCAAGUCCUGGCCGUCAUGAAUACACUUUAUAUUUUAUGAGUGAUUCCUAUUUAGGCUGUGAUCAGGAAUACAAAUUUCUAAUUGAGGUGGCUGAUUUUCAGUCCGAUAGUGACAGCGGUUCGGAUUAAACACUACUGCCACGUUUUCUACUACUGAAAUAAUUUAUCUCGUGGGGUGGGAUAAUAAAAUUAGAGGAAGAAGGCUAGCUUAUCGCAUGAAAAUGUAUUUUGAGAUAGUGCCGCGACAUUGUAGGCUUUUUUUUUUUAUUAAUGAAAUAUAUGAACAUAAAUAUGAAAUUAUAGUACAUUUUACGUAUUUAAAUGUAAGCUAUGACACAAACUCAAAAAA